AUGUCUGACUGCACCACAAAUGACAAAUGUCCUGCUUCACAAGAAUCUUCUUCACUAGCAUCUAACAGUCAGUGCCGGCUCGAGAUCUUUGAUAAACUAGGUGCUCCAUAUAAAACAGUAGAUAUAAGUAAACGUAGUGAUGUUGAAGAGGUACAGAGAGUAUUUCGUAAAAUGACUGGAGCACACACUGUUCCUAGAGUUUUCAUAAAUGGAAAAUGUGUCGGUGGAGGAAGUGAAACCAAAGAAUUAUAUGAAAAGAAUAUGCUACAACCUUUGAUAGAAAACUGUAUUUACAAGUCAUUUUAA